GCCAUGAAAUCUCAAGGUUCCAGUUCAGAUAAAAACUGUAAAGUGAGCUUUCGUAAGAAGCUUCUGAUUAUUGAUUCAAACUUGGAGGUCAAAGAUGUGGAGCGCCUCAAGUUUCUCUGCAUAGGAUUGGUUCCCAACAAGAAGCUGGAGAAGUCCAGCUCAGCCUCAGAUGUUUUUGAACAUCUCUUGGCAGAGGAUCUGCUGAGUGAGGGAGACUCUUUCUUCCUGGCGGAACUCCUAUAUAUCAUAGGGCAGAAGAAGCUGCUGCAGUACCUCAACUAUACCAAAGAGGAAGUGGAGCAAUUGCUACCUAUCAAAGGAAAGAUCUCUCUAUUUAGAAACCUGCUCUACGAACUAUCACAAAGCAUUGACUCAGAGAACUUAAAGGAGAUGAUCUUCCUUCUGAACGACUCUCUUCCCAAAACCGAAAUGGUGAGUGGGUCAUACAGAAUGGGUCUGUGUGGGCACUGUCUUAAUCAAUGAUUAGAAAGAUGCUGGA